CACAACACAACCUAGUAAGAACAACCUUCACAUUUCGUCACAAUCAAUACUGUGUUCUCUAUUCUGCUUUGCGAAGAACAGGAUGAAGAUUGUGUAUGCAAAUGUGCUCCUUGUGUUCCUCAUCCUUAGCUCCUCUUUCUUGGAAAUCUCAAUGGCUGGUUCAGCUUUCUGUGACUCAAAGUGUAAAGGGAGGUGUGCGAAGGCUGAGCUUAAGCACAGAUGCUUGAAGUUCUGUGGAAUCUGCUGCAAGAAGUGCAACUGUGUGCCAUCUGGGACUUACGGAAACAAGGACGAGUGUCCUUGCUACAGGGACAUGAAGAACUCUAAGGGCAAGGGCAAAUGCCCUUGAAUUUGUUAUCCCUUUCAUUGCAGAACACUUUCCAUUUUCUAUGUUCAUUUCCACUCUACCAAACUUCAUAAUAAUACUGUGCCACGGAUCUGUCUAGCUAUUCCCCUCUACUUUAUGUAUUGGCUUAGCUAGCUAAUUAGCUUACUAUAUAUGAUUACUGUAAUCAUGUUCCUAUAUCUACUGAUUCAUGAAUCAUAUAUCAUCAUUA